GUGGCUCGCGCAAGUUCAACUUGUUAAUGCCUUGUUGUUAUUUUUACCUAUUUUUCAGGCCAGAUAAUGGGAGACCAGGAGGUGGAGGAGAAAGACAUAAGCGCGGACCUUCACAGUCCUCUGAUCUACCCUUUGCCUGAAGAGAUUCAAAAGAUGGAGCGCACUGAGACGGUGUGCUGCUACUGCGGCGUAAGCUACCUCAUCUUCCACGAGUUUCAGCAGCUCCGCACCGAGCUGGCUCAGUUAGAAGCUGAGCUCCAGGACCUGAGAGAGACUGCCCAAAAAGAGAAGGCCCAGCGUGAAGCACUGGAGCUGGGCCGGUUGGAGUGGGAGAGGGCACUUCUGCUGGAGAUGCAGAGACAAGCAGAAAUCAGAGAGAGAAACACACAAGAAGAGCUAGAACAGAGGAACCAAAAUGCAGUGAGAGCUCUGAGAGAUGAGUUUGAAGCAGAGUCUGAGAGUACAAGGAAAGAGGUGGAAGAGGAGCGUCGGAAAAUAUAUAACGAAAAAGAAAGUCAAGUUAGAGGAGAGCUGGAGAGGAGGAGCGACGAGAGAGAGAAAGUUCUGCGUGACGCACUUCAAAAGGCCAAUAAAAAUUCAGACGACCUGAGAAAAGAACUCCAACAGCUGGAAGAGAGACUGGCAAUAACAGCUGCCAAGAAAGAGGAGGCAGAGCAGAUACUUGGGAAAGAGAAGCAGCAAGUUGAAAUUCACAGAGGUGCUUGUGUGCAGCAGCAUCAGGCCCUGCGAGCAACUCUGUCUUUGCUCCGCUCCUCUGGCAGCGCGCUCACAGAUGUACGGGGUUUCCUCAGCCAACUGACAAGGGCCUGGCAGGCCUUCAGGUCUCAGAUAAUGCAGCACAACACACAGGUGUACUCAGCACUGAGUGAGGAGUUGAAGAAUUCCAGCGUGGCGCUUCAGAACACGAGAGAAGAGAAAGAGUGCCUAAGUCAGCAGCUGAUAGAGCAGAAGAGACGGAGUGAGGAGCAGCUGUCCCAGCUAGAAGACUCUGAAAAGGAACACAGAGGAAAGCUCCUCAGGUUACAAGUGGAGCUGGAGGAGAAACAUGAGAGGUGGUUGUCAUGCCAACAGAGAUGUGAUGCAAUGCAGAAGCAGCUGUUGUCUUGCAGUCAGAGAGAGGAGCAGAUGAACCGGAAGUACUUUGCAGCUGCAGAGGAAGUGACACAACUAAGGAGAGCUCUGGAGAAUACAGAGCAGGAAACAAGAGAGCUGAAGAAAGAAAGGGAUGUUAUGCUAGAAUCUCAUGGCAGAGCCCUUAAUCUGAUGAAGGAAGACUUCACUCAGCAGCUGGCCACAAAGCUGACUGCUGCUCUAGAAGAGCAAAGAUCCCAGAGUUCAUUGCACCUGAGGGAGCAGAUGGAGAAGCUUCGCCGGGAGAUGGACCUAGAGCUGACAGUGGACAGGGAGAAGAGCCAGUUCAUGCUUCUACAGUGUCAGCGAGACAGGUCCCAGCUUCAGCAGAAGUUGGAGAAGAGUGAAAUGAAACUGCGGGAACUGCAAGAGGUACUGCAGCAAGAGUGGAGGAGCAGGGAGGACAAGAGGAGAACCCAAUGUGAGGAGAGGAGGAGAAAAGAGGAGGAGAUACACCGACAGGCGAUGGCGAAUCUGGUCCAGGCUAAAGCGGCGAUAAAGCUGAUGACUGAGAAGAAUGCUGAACUACAGGAAGAGGUAACGUUACUCGAGGACACAGUAAGGCGGGAGUGUCAAGAGAGGGAAGAGCUAACUGCUGCGCUGUCUCAGGCUCGCCAGGAGCUUUCACUUCCAGACCACUUGGAGAGACACACACCAACAGGGAACAAAAGUGUACACAAACACGGUCAAGCCCGGGCACCGCUCACUCGCUCUUUGGCCUCCCCAAGCAGACUCCGGCCUUCGCCCGCCUGCACAGACAAAGGCAGAGGCCAGGGCACGGGUGGAGAACAAGUCGGAUUGGGGAAUUUGGAGUCCUGGAGCAGUGGGAGAGUGCUAGGUGGAGAAAAACAGAAAGAGGUGACACUGCCCAAACUGAAAACAAGCUACACAGUGAGUGAAGUCAAACGUAAGGUCAAUUUAGUGAUGGAGAGGAAGGAGACGCUCUGAAAAGCAAGCCAAACAGGCCUGUAUGUGUGUUAAUCAGUUACUGAACAAAGCAGAUAUCAAUAGUAGUUUAAUUAUGUUUUUUUUACAUUCGUUUUAAUAGCAUCUUAUUUUUCUUUUAAACUAAUUAUCUAACUGACUACUUUAAAAGUUGCACACACACACACUCAGAUAAGGCACUGCGCCUGAGUCCUUGUUUGCACACUAGUAAACUCUCAGUACACACACUCAGCAACAGAUAUGCACUUGUUUUCUCACAACCUGACUCACGCAGACUCACUGGCACGCACAGGAUUUCACAAACAACGCACACUCAAAUACACACACACACACACACAGCUUUAAGGAGCAUGACAGCAUGUCCCUUGCCACCCGUGGACACAAACAAAA